GGCAUUGUUUCUAUACUGCGCUGUGUACACGGUGUGCGUGGCUGCUUGCGUCUGUGUGUGAGCUUGUGCUCUGCUCCCUGACCCCAGUGGCAGUCCCUUCUCACUGCACUGCUCUCUCAGGCUCCUUUCUCCCAGAUCGAGGCUGCUCUCUCGCUCUCUCUCUUUCACUCUCUCUCUGUGUGUGUUUCUGUCUGUGUCUCAUUUCCACUCCAGCCGGCCGAGGGUCUCACAGGGUCGAAGGUUCUGCCCUGCCUGAUCCAACCUCAACCUUCUAGCCUUCCAAAUCGGCAUUCAUUCUCCAUGGAUCGGCGUCUCUAACACGGAGAAGGCAACCCUGGGACACAGUAUAGCCAGAUGAAAGAUUGCAGCGUGGUUUUGAAGCCGAUUGUCUUCUGGUUUUUGAAUUGGGAUUCUGAACUAUGCCUGCUGCAGUAAUUUGUCCUGGAUACUUGUGAAUUGCUCAUGUCCAAAAGACGGAAGGAUGGCUCAUGGAAUUCCAUCCCAGGGCAAAGUUACCAUCAGCGUGGAUGAGUACAGCUCCAACCCUACCCAGGCCUUUACCCACUACAACAUCAACCAGAGCAGAUUCCAGCCCCCUCACGUGCACAUGGUGGACCCGACCCCGUACGACACUCCCAAACCUGCAGGCCACACACGCUUCGUCUGUGUCUCCGACACACACUCCCGAACAGAUGGCAUCCAGAUGCCCUAUGGGGAUGUCCUCCUUCACACAGGCGAUUUGACUGAGCUGGGACUGCCCUCCGAGGUUAAGAAGUUUAACGACUGGUUAGGAAGCCUUCCUUAUGAAUUUAAAAUAGUAAUCGCUGGAAACCAUGAGCUGACGUUUGAUAAGGAGUUCAUGUCGGAGCUGGUGAAGCAGGAUUACUACCGCUUUCCGUCUGUGUCCAAGUUGAAACCAGAGGACUUUGACAAUGUUCAGUCACUCCUGUCGAACUGUUUAUAUCUGCAAGAUUCGGAGGUGACAGUCAAAGGAUUUCGAAUAUACGGGGCACCUUGGACGCCCUGGUUCAAUGGGUGGGGUUUUAACCUUCCGAGAGGUCAGUCUCUAUUGGACAAAUGGAACCUCAUUCCAGAGGGCAUUGAUAUCCUCAUGACCCAUGGACCUCCACUUGGUUUUCGAGACUGGGUUCCAAAGGAAUUACAGAGGGUCGGCUGUGUGGAGCUCCUGAACACAGUGCAGAGGCGGGUGAGGCCCAAGCUCCAUGUGUUCGGAGGCAUCCAUGAAGGUUAUGGGAUAAUGACAGACGGAUACACAACAUAUAUAAAUGCCUCAACCUGUACAGCCAGUUUUCAGCCAACCAAUCCACCAGUCAUAUUCGACCUCCCAAACCCACAAGGAUCCUGAGGCACUAACCGACAUCAGGGAGCGGGCAGGUCUAGAAACUACUAUUUCUUUCGAACAAUAAGUCCUUAUGAAUCCUACUAAAUGUUUCUUUCCAAAUUAUUUGGUAUUUUGUAAACUGCUGGUAAUAAUUAAAAAAAAAAAAAAAAAAAAAAAAAAAAAAAAUGCUGUUGAAAAAUGGUUUGGCUCUUAAAUGAAGCUUUGUGAAUUUGUAUACCUGCCAUAUAUAUUUUGUUUGCAUUUUGCUAGAUAAAUUGUUAAAUGCAGUUGUAAUAUGUUAACUACCCCUUACAGGACGAUUAGGCUUUCAUUUGGGGGUAAAGAACACUGACAUAAACUAGGUGCACAUUGUUAAACAUGAAUUCCCUGUGUCCUUGUUGAAAAAUACACUUUUAAAGUCUUGCUAUUUAUUUAUUGCCGGAUGAAUCGGAAAUGAAUUAGAAAUUAGCUUGUGUUUUCAAGUAAAACUCAAAGCGCAAAGUUCAUAUCCAGAAGAAUAUGGAUGAUUCAUUUGUCUGUACAUGGGGAUAACCUUAAUUAUACUAAACCUAGAGUAGCCUUGGAAGCUGAGAUGUGUUUUCUGUCGCCACUGUGCUUCUCAAUCUAUUGUUUGUAUUUUGCCGUUCAGCUGUGACCUGAUUGCAGUUCUGCAGUUGUUCACAAAAUUACAACUUCUUCUGAGUUGCAAUUUAAAACCUCCUAUUUCUGCUUUUAGUUUUGAGGCAUCUGGCAUACUUACUGUAUAACCUGACAGAAAACAAAUUGCUUAAAUGCUUUUAUAUAUAUAUAUAUAUAUAUAUAUAUAUAUAUUAUAUAUAUAUAAUGUGUGUGUGUGUAUAUAUAUCUGUAUGUACGUGUGAGUAUAUAUAUAUAUAUAUAUAUAUAUAUACGCACACACACGCAUAAACAAGGUUUAGUUGUCCUUUUAAAUUCUAAAUCUUCUUGUAUUUGUAUUUUAAUUCUUUUUUUCUAAUUUUGCACUGUGUGUAAAUGCAAUCUUGCUUGCACAAAAAAAAACUUUGCCACUGUAAAUGCUACCGUUUCUUUUCUGACUGAAUACUUUGUUUAUUGAAAUUUAGAAAUGCAUUUUUUGUUUGUUUUUUGUUUCUUUUAAAUUUAUUGUGAUAUUAUAUAUUUAGCCGCCUUUAUAUGCAAAUAAAUUGCAAGAUUUUUACUUAUUA